UUUGCUGUGACUGCCAUGAUAUUGGAUGUCUCAAAAUAUUUUCUGCAUUUAAUGUUGUACUACAACUGCAAAUGUUUUGAAAAUGUCCUUUUUGGAAUGGGGAAUCCUCUCCUUGACAUCUGUGCUGUUGUGGACAAGGAUUUCCUUGACAAAUACGGGUUGAAACCAAAUGACCAGAUUUUGGCAGAGGAGAAACAUAAAGAGCUAUUUGAAGAACUUGUGAAAAAGUUCAAGGUAGAAUAUCAUGCUGGCGGCUCUACGCAGAAUUCCGUUAAAGUGGCCCAGUGGAUGAUCCAGCUCCCUUACAAAGCCGCAACCUUUUUUGGCUGCAUUGGAACCGAUAAAUUUGGUGAGAUCCUGAAAAGGAAAACAGAAGAAGCCCACGUGGAUGCUCACUAUUAUGAGCAAAGUGAAGAACCAACUGGAACUUGCGCUGCCUGCAUAACCAGUGACAACAGGUCUCUGAUUGCUAACUUGGCUGCUGCUAAUUGCUAUAAGAAGGAAAAACAUCUUGAUGUGGAGAAGAACUGGAAGUUGGUGGAAAAAGCUAAAGUUUAUUAUAUUGCAGGUUUCUUCUUGACAGUGUCACCAGAAUCCAUAAUGAAAGUCGCAACUCAAGCUUCUGCAAACAACAAGAUCUUCAGUUUAAAUCUUUCUGCACCAUUUAUUAGCCAGUUCUACAAGGACCAACUGAUGGAAGUCAUGCCUUAUGUUGACAUCCUGUUUGGGAAUGAAACAGAAGCUGCCUCCUUUGCUAGAGAGCAAGGCUUUGAGAUUGAGGACAUUGAAGAGAUAGCCCGAAAGACACAGGCCCUGAAAAAAGCAAACCCUAAAAGACAGCGAGUUGUUGUGUUUACCCAAGGGAAGAAUGACACUAUCAUGGCCACAGAAAAUGAAGUAAGAGCUUUCCCAGUCUUAAUUAGUGACCAAAGUGAGAUAGUUGACACCAAUGGAGCUGGAGAUGCCUUUGUAGGUGGCUUCCUUUCUCAGUUGGUCUACGAUCGGCCAUUGACGGAGUGCAUCCGUGGUGGCCACUAUGCCGCCAGCGUGAUCGUCAAGCGUUCUGGUUGCACCUUCCCAGAGAAACCUGAGUUCAUAUGAUACUGACAAGCCGAGGGAUCAACAGGAAAUGUUGCCUACUUCCCUUUUCCCAGUUACUCUGCAUUGAAGUUUCUGUACUUCUGUUCACUUGGACCUUAGACACAUCUCUUGGAUCCCUUUCUCCCCCCAAUGUACUAGUGUCGGACUGCCAGACCAUCCAGCGUGCAGCUCCCCUGUACGACAGCCCCCCAAUUCUCAAGUGCAUCCUGAAACCCUUCUAGAUAUUUUUCUGGUAUCCUCAAGUCUGGCCAACACUGCUCACCUCAGCCAGAAGAGAAUUCAGUUGGGGAAUGGCUGAAAUAAUGGUACAAGUGUAAGAAAGGGUUGGGCUUUCCUUGAUGCUAAUGUGGCAUUUUACUUACCCACCCAGCUUAAUCCUGCUUCUCCUGCAGUAAUUAGGAGUACAACCAUGAUUUUUGGGGUGACCCAAGAUUAUGUGAUCUGGAGUAAGAGGUUUGGGAGCAGAUUCCUCAAAUGAGGGGCAGGACCUUCAUUCUGAAUGUAAAUUGGAUUAGGGCUUGGGAAUCUCAUUUUUCCAGAGCAGGACCUGGAUGUUGUUAUAAGUAAAAUCCAUAAUAGGCAUGCACCAGUUAUGAAUCUGUGGCUGUAUCUCAAAAGUAUAAAAGUAUUGUGUGAAAAUGAAGUACAGAAAUACUCUUGCAGGCUGUUUCUUUGGGAUAUGCCAAAAUGUAAUGUUUUAUUUCAACGCACAGUUUUAAGUUUUAAGGUAUGUCAAAUAAUGGAAACAUCCUUAUUUGUAUUACAGUAUUCAAGACGUACCUUCUCCAAAGUAAUUUACUAUGUAAUUUGAUACUGAUAAAUAAAGGAAUUGUGAUACAGGA